CCUCUCCGGCUCCCUCUCGAGCCUUCCGUCCUUGGUUGGAGCUUAGCAAACCCUAGCGGGGCGAUUCUUUUCCCUCGAGGGUCACGAUGGAGCUCUAAAUUCAUUUCUUUUGGGAAAUAGUCCUUCCUUUUCUUCUUAUUCUUCCACUACCGAUGGGUUCACGGUUGCUCGUCUCCCCGCCCUCCCUCCUCGCGUCCGAGCCCCCGCGCAGACUCCCCAUCGUCGCCCCCCGGCCGCCGUCCCGCCUAUUUUUGCGCUGCCGUCACUUGACGUCGAGGAGAUCUCCUCCUCCGGUUUGUUCCGUCGGAUCCUCUUGGGCCGAUUCGGAUGAGAGCUUGAAUGACAGCGUUGGCGGCUGGUUCGUCCGCAAGCUCAGGAUCGAGAAGGAGGAGAAUGUUGCUGCGCGGUCAAGACUCCACCUUGCUGGCAUUGUGGCUUCUGCAGCGAUCUUGUUGGCCGCGCUAACAUAUUACCGUUCGGCCAAAAGAGGCUUCAAGUUUUGCUUUACUGUUCCAUUUCACACUAUUUAUAAGAAUUUGAUGCCAGUGGGAUCUGAGAAGGAUCCAGAUAAUGAUAUUACAUCCACCAUAUUUGAAGUUGACCAAGUUUCAGAGAUCAACAUGGAUGAAGAGACUAAAUCAAAAGAGAACGAUUCAGCAGAUUCAGGGGCAAGAAAACAAAUCAUUGUUCCGGUUGCUGCUGAUACCACACAACAAGAAGCUGUAUCUGUUUUGAAAAAGCUGAAGAUCAUAGAAAAUGAUGUCAGUACUGAUGGAUUGUGUACCAGGAGAGAAUAUGCAAGAUGGUUUGUCAAAGCUAACUCUAUGUUAGAAAGGAACCCAAAGCACAAGAUACUUCCAAAGAUUUCAGCUGCUGGUCCAUUUGUUACAGCAUUUGAUGAUGUGAAUCUUGAUGAUCCUGAUUUUUGUUGCAUUCAGUCACUUGCAGAGGCUGGCAUAGUUCUUAGUAAGCUCUCUGCUCUGAAUUCAUCUAGCAUUUCAGACAAGGGUGCUUCUGGUGACUCGGAAAAGAUCUAUUUUUAUCCAGAAAGUUAUAUAUCGCGAUUCGAUCUGCUUAACUGGAAAGCUCUGUUAGAAUACCUAUUUUCUUCUGAAUUGGACGAGAAGAUGUUAAGGACCAAAGGGAACUUUUUGGAUCUGAGUGCGAGUAGCGGUGCAUCACCACAAUUAUUGUUGGACUUGAUGGCUGGUGACAACAGCAUAACGAGAAGAGCUUUUGGAAACAUCAGACGCCUUCAACCACACAAGCCUGUAACCACAGCUCAAGCAGCGGUGGUGCUGACUAGUGGCAGAACGGCAGAUGCAAUCCAGCGGGAGCUCUCAAGACUUGAGGCUGAAAAUAUAUCAAGGUUACAAGAGGCGGAGGAAAUAAGAUGUGAGUUAGUUCAAAGAGGAGAUAUACAGAGGUUUUGGGAGGAGAAGUUGGCAAAAGAGCAAGAGAGGCACUUUGAGGUUGAAAAAGACCUUGAAGUUAUAUUUCUUGAUCUGGAAGAUGAGAAAGCAUCACUAGAUGGUAGGCUUGCUGAGUAUGCAAAAGAGAAAGCAGCACUGGACUGUCAACAACAUCUUCUCCAGUGUCUUAAGGAUGAAGUUGAAGGAAUGAAUGAUAAACUUGCAAGUGAAAGAGCCAAUUUUAUAUCUGAGCAACAAAGUUUGGAAAGAUUUUCUGCUGAUUUAUGUGGCAAGAAGGACGGCAUAGUGGAAGCCAAAUCGAUACUGGAAGCUGAAAUAGAAGCUACCAGGAUUCUCAGGUCUUGGGUGGAGGAGGAAGCACUGCAAAUGCGAAAUCGAGCCGAUGUCCUAUCACAAGCUGUAUUGAGAUGGCAAUACACUGGUGUGUCUGGGCAGUCAGAGACAUUCUCAGUUGACAGCAACAGCUCUGAAAUUGUUCUAAAACCCAAUGGAGAACAGUCAGUAGCAUAGCUCUGAAAUUUUUGGUUGUAUUCUUUCUGCCUUUGUUGAUAAUAUCCCUGAAUAACAGGAGAUUUUGUUCCUUAUAUAUGACAAGCUGGUUUGCAGCCUGUUAUUCUGCUAUGA